AUGGCUCAAGUCAAUCCUACGCAGCGAGAGUCUGUCUCAGCUGUGGACACUCAGGCCAAGCAGAAUAGCAUGUGGCGAAGGUUGUUCGGACAAGGCAAUGGCGCAAGCAAUGGCGCAGGCAAUGGCGCAACGGGCGUUGCUGAAAAGCUUGAGCAUGCUCCAGCUACAGAGCAGAGCGAGGAUGAGCCACGUCCGGGUCUGAUUCGAAAGAUCUCACGAAAAGUGGUGCCUGGGUUGCCCAGAACACAAACUUUCAAGAGACAGCAAGAUGAAGUCCGUAACAAUCUCGAGCCUGUCCAACCGACACCGGUCGAGAGAAGAGCCGUCUCCGUCGACAGACGACUGCAUGCCUCCCAGAGCUGUGCCAACUCCGCUGACCCGCGAACGAGCGCGCCUGACUUCAUUAGGACCGGCGAGCGCACAUUUGCUGUAUCUGCGCCUUCGAUACCGAGCAGUCCCACGGAUGAGAAGUUGCUUGGUAUUCUUAGCGGAAUGGAUCUCGAUAAUGAUGUAGGAGGAGACGAACUCCCUACACAUGAAGCCGAAUCUUUCAACGACACAGCAUCGAUGACCACCUCUCAAUACGAUGCCAUGAUUCAUGAGGAGCUGGAACGAAUUUGGAUUCUCAACCUUUCCAUGCAUUUCAGGGACAAGUCUAAGAGGGAGAAGUUUUUUGUCACAUAUCGUGAAAAGGACGUACAUUGGCGGAGAGUGACGAUCUCGUUGGACUAUCGAAACGCGCCAGACAAUUCGCUGGAGAUGGACCUCCUCUACACCAAAUUCCAACGGGACAAGAGCGCCAAGAUAUACGAGGCGAUCAGAGAGAGCUUGGCCGAUAUUCAAUUUUACGAAACCGUAACCAAUCUUAAGCUGCAGACCACAGACGGCAGGCUGCAUGUGCAUGUCGUUGAAGACGAGAUAAUUCACUAUCCCACCGUCCGGAUGAUCAAUCACCUCAGAUGUCGACGCAUAAGGGAAAGCGAUAUCGAUUUCGAUUCCCAUAUGUCCGGCUUUGUGUAUAAAGUCCGAAUAAGAGGACAGACUCUAAUCAAGAAGGAAAUUCCAGGGCCUGAUACAGUGGACGAGUUUCUUUAUGAGAUCAACGCACUCAGCCGGCUGUCCAAUUCUCGCAACGUCAUUGAAUUUCACGGUGUCGUUGUGGACGACUACGGAGAGCAUGUCAAGGGCCUUCUGAUCAGCUACGCGGAUCAAGGCGCACUGAUCGAUGUCCUGUUUGAUCAUGAUCACAGCCUUCCGUGGUUCCGACGAGAAAGGUGGGCGCGGCAGAUUGUGGAGGGUCUUUCUGAAAUUCACGAGUCCGGUUUCGUACAGGGCGAUUUCACCCUCUCCAACAUUGUCAUUGACGAUGAAGACAACGCGAAGAUAAUCGACAUCAAUCGGCGGGGAUGCCCCGUUGGUUGGGAGCCACCAGAGGCGACUCCGCUGAUUGAGAGCAACCAGCGCAUCUCCAUGUACAUUGGUGUAAAAUCCGAUCUGUAUCAGCUGGGGAUGGUGUUAUGGGCUCUGGCGGAACAGGAGGACGAGCCAGAAGCCCAUGGCCGCCCGCUGAGGCUCAGCGAGGAGCUGGACGUUCCGGAAUGGUACAGGACAGUCGUUAGCAUUUGUCUUGCUGAAGACCCAAGACACCGGAUGCAGGCGAUUGACUUGCUGCGGCUGUUCCCUCAGCGGAUAGAGGCAGACGUUCCCCGACGAGUGCAGCCGUCGAUUUCUGUCGACGAUGGGCACUCAGUGCAAGAAUACGUUGUCGAUGGGUACCAGUCCGACGGUCGGCCGGUUAUCAGAACCGUCCAGUCACCGCCAGAGUGGUCCCACGGAAGUAGCAAGGGACACACAUACGUCAAUUCGCCAACUGGCAUCACCCAUGAGCCCUACUUCUAUCCAACGAGAGGCCGGUCUCCACCCAGUCCAAUGCCCAGCAACUUGGGCUACGACCAGCGACGUUACAAUCCACCCUGGUCACGGCCAACGGGAAGCAGUUAUGACCGUACAAGGACUCCGACGGAGAGUGACGUUGCGCCUGACGAUGUUGUCCCCAGACACGCUGUACAGGACGUAGCAUCCGACAGGAAGGACAAUGUGCAUGAACCUGUGGGCAUGACAGAGAAGCCACCGGUACCCGAGUUGGUCAUUGAAGAUGACCCUGCAAUAUCAAGACACGAAGGGCCAUUCCACGAUGAGAAGCAGAAACCCCUGGCAGGCAUCUCGGAAGCUGUUGAACCACAGACAGCACACCUUUCAGACGCAGACCAGUCGGAUCAACAAGCACCGUUGGAGCUGAAAAACGAGGCCAGUCGCCCGGAGGAUACGGGCAAAGAGGAAGAUGCAUCAAAAAGCACGAGAAACGAUGUUCAUGAGAACAAGACGCACAACACACAGACACAAAAUCCUCUUUUUGAGAGGUCGGGGAACACAGAACCCGAAGCCCCAGGGAACAUCGCUCUGGUCCCUGGUGAGGCACAAGUACAGACACACAAGAGCACGCGCGAGGUCAUGGCUCCAAAGCAAAAUACGGGGGAAGAGAGAGUCGACAGCGCGAUCGAGAUGAUGCCGCCACAGCACUUGGCGGGGCUCGGAGCCCGGCCCGCGACCUGCCACGGGUCGUCCGCGUCGUCAGAGUCGGCCAAGGUGCCGGCCGACUUCCUGGGCAUCGGCUCAGGCCACGACGCGUCGGACGCGGCGCUGACGCCGGUGGGCUCUGGCGAUAUUGAUGAGGACCUUUCAGGCAUUUGA